UAAAUUCUAAUUCUAGACACUUAAACACAGUCGCUGCUGAACCACUUACAUUAUUGUACAUUGGUUACCGAGCUACUAAAACUGCGCCACCUAAACUGAUUUGAACUUAUUUUGUUCUCAACAGAUUAGCGAUAAGAAGAAAAUGUAUCGGUCUGGAACACGUGAAUCUUCCUUUCCAGCCUUCCAGAGUCAUCAGGGCCUGAUGACCUUUAGGGACAUUUUGGACACCAUUCUUCAUCUGAGUAAUGAGGAAUGGACGACUUUGACUGAGGACAUGACGCAUCAGUACACAAAACUGAAGUUUGCAUCUAUCUGCACCGAAAUUGUGAUGUCUGUGUCGGAGUCUGUCAUUAGGAAGAUGAUGCCGGAUCUCAUUGAACGUUUCGGGAUUAAAUCGGUUCUCCGUGCAGAAGCUAAGCUGAAGGAAAAGGAUGAAUGUGAAUCAAGGAGCCGUUCUGCAACACCGAGCUGCUCAGGUCAAAGUUUACCAGAAGACUCCUCUGAUUUGAAAUGUAACUCAGUUGAAACAGGCAUCACUAAAAUGAAAGUUGCAGUGCAAGCGUUAAAGACCGUGGCUGAUGAGUUAAAGAAAUCCCUCAAAAACAUCUCUCCUGAAUCUGAUGUUAAGCCUGAAACUGACGAUUCAGUGCAGCUCCAAAACAAGGCUACAUGGGAUGUGAAUGAUACGCUGGUGAAAAAUCUUGCACAUAUUUUAUCUCCGACAAGUUUGGACCCCAAUGUAGUGAUGUCUUCUGAGGCCAAGGAUAUUAUUGAAAUAGUGGUCAAGCUCCAAAACAAGGCUACAUGGGCUGUGAGUGAUAUGCUGGUGAAAAAUUUUUCACAUCUUUUAUAUCAGACAAGUUUGGACCCCAAUGUAGUGACGUCUUCUGAGGCCAAGGAUAUGACUGAAAUAGUAGUCAAGAUCCAAAACAAGGCUACACGGGAUGAGCGUGAUAUGCUGGUGAAAAAUAUUUCACAUCUUUUAUAUCAGACAAGUUUAGUCAGUGGUGCCGAGGAAAAAGAUGAUCAUGCAUGUCCAAGUGGUACCUUGAUCUCCUCCAAAAAGCCUUGCUCAGGUCUGCAGGAUGCAGCAACAGCAGUGCCUGAUGAUCAGGAGGAACCUUCCAAAUUGCAGGCUGAUGUUGACAGCUGCACUGAGAAGGUCAUGUGGCAGGUUGAAAAUUUAUAUUUGCAUGAGGAGAAGCUGGCCAAGUCCACCUUCUAUCAAAAGCCACGGUAUAAAGGAAAAAUGUACAUUGAUUCAAAUGCAGAAAUGGCAUCUGGGGAUAGCUUUUUCGGAAGCAGGUCAGAUGUACUCCUUGAUGAAGCCGCUGUGGCAGUUAGAAAUAUUCUAAUGGAAAAGGCAGUCCCAGAACAUGUGGAUAAACCAAUAGGCACGUUAUAUGAGUCUGGGCCUUUUAGAAGCCAAUUUGCAUUAAAACGUGCUGCUGUGGAUUCUGGCAGAUCAGUGGUUAUGAUUUUGGACCAGUUUUAUAAGUCGAUGCAAUCCAUAGCGGGAGAUGCGACAUAUAGCUCAGAUGCUCUUCUUGGCUUUGUAGGUGACGCUGUUGUUAUCGGAAAAGAAGGACCGUUGAAGAGUGCACGUACCACCUUAAAAACAGUGCGCAGUCAUCUCCUAGAAUUUCUUUCUAAAUUUAGUCCAGAAGAAAUUGACUGGGAGGAGGACGAGCAGGUUAUUGACCUGUGCACAGAAGAGGUUAUUAAUCAAGCCAUUUAUUUGUACAGGAAUGAACUGGCAGACCCGAUUUCGUUCACAGAUAUCGAUAUCCUGACAUCAGCCCCAUUUCAGACCAAGUUAUCCCAGCGUGUAAGUGAGAUCAUCUUACAGAAGCUGGAGUCCUGUCCUUCAUUGAUGCCAACAAAAGGUUUCUCAGAAGGUCAUCUCAAAGACAUCUCUUCUGAGAUUUCGAGAUCUGUUAGCAACACACUGCAGAAGUUUGCACGUGCUCAGCUAGCUUUGAGAAGGGGCUCAUCUUCCCAAACUCCACUGAGCUUCUUCUCUCCUUUGUUUCUGUUCAUUAAGGUGAAGAAUAAGCUGAAGAAAUCUUCCAGUCCUGAGAAACCAAAUUGCUCAGCAGAGUCAGAAAAAGAUGAACGUGUCGUUCCGAUUCAUAUCACAGACGAUGGCUCUGAUUUGGUACGUAACUCCUUUGAAACAGCCAUCAGUAAAAUUAAAGGUGCAAUGCAGGAGGCAAUCCGGAGGGUCGCAUCAGGGCAAAAGUCAAAGACCAUGGCUGAUGAGAUAAACAUCUUUCAUGAAUUUGAUGUUAAGCCUAAAACUGACGAUUCAGUGCAGCUCCAAAACAAGGCUACAUGGGAUGUGAGUGGUACACUGGACAAAAAUUUUUCACAUAUUUUAUCUCAGACAAGUUUGGACGCCAAUGUAGUGACGUCUUCUGAGGCCAAGGAUAUUAUUGAAAAAGUUGUCAAUGGUUUAGUCAAUGCUGCUGAGGAAAAAGAUGAUCAUGCAUGUCGAAGUGGCACCUUGAUCUCCUCCAAAAAGCCUUGCUCAGGUCUGCAGGAUCCAGCACCAGCAGUGCCUGAUGAUCAGGAGGAACCUUCCAAACUGCUAUCUGAUGUUGAUAGCUGCCCUGAGGAGGUCAUGUGGCUUGAAAAAUUAUAUUUGGAUGAGGAGCAGCAGGCCAAGUCCAGCUUCUAUCAAAAGCUACGGUAUAAAGGAAAAAAAUAUAGUGUUUCAAAUGCAGAAACGGCAUCUGAGGAUAGUACCUUUUUCACAAUCAGGUCUGACGUUUUCCUCGACGAAGCCGCUGUGACAGUUACAGACAUUCUAAUGGAAAAAGCAGUCUCAGAACAUGUGGAUAAACCAAUACGAAAUGGAGGAAAACGGAGAAAGAAUCUUUUAUAACAUGAUAGAAUUCAAAGGAAUGUUUCACACCGUAGUAGAUGAAUACAAAGUGCUAUGGCAGCCAACAGGACAAAUGGGCAUGUGCCUAAUACACGAAAAAUAUCUGUUUUACAGCCUACAGUAAUGCUGGAGGUCUUAAGGGCGGAUGGGGGAGUCAGAAUGGAACUUAUCGCCAGAGGCUGGUGUCCCAAGGGAAUCUUGAGGAUCUGGGGACCGCCAAGGGGUAUUACCCACUGCUGGCUCCAUGUUAAUUACUUAUGCUCAUUGCCCAAGGAUUCUUAAUGCUUCCAACCAGAAUUUAUGCACAGAUUAGGCCCCUUAAAUUCACAUGUUUUGUACAGGGACUAAGAAUGGUGGAAGUGUACCCUGAUUCCUAAAAUUUACAAUUGUCAAUGGCAUUUUCAAAUUCUAGCCAAAUUCGAGCUAGGCGUCCAAAUAUGGUGCAAUGAUUACCUCCCAUUCAUUCUACCUUUCCCAGCUUCUGUGGGGAUAGUAGAUAAUGAUACUUGGAACUGUAGGGCUGAGACUCCAGGAGAGGGUAUUGUAGGAGAUUUAGAUCUCAGGAUUAUGUAGCCUCAACCCUACCGUUAUUUCUUGCUUAAAUACAAGCUGAUGUAUUAUAUUGUGUGAUUAUGAUUAAACUGUGUUAUGAUUAAACUAUGUAAAGAACCUCAACCUUGACAGCCCGGGGGAAACACAACCACGUCAGGAGAAAAAAAGGGCCAAGAAAAAGAAAGGGCUCAAGCCGUUCCCCAGGUACCUAGCAACGAAGACGGACUGGAAAAUCUUCUGCUUCGGGGGUCGCUAAGAAAGCUGUUCCUGAUGUUCUGCUCCUCCAGCAAGACCUGCGAGAUUUACAACUCGAUACUCUGGAUGUGAAGAGAACUGAAAAGCUGAUAUUAAAACAUGAACGUUUAGAGAAAGAAUGUGAUAGCAUAUUAGGUGUUUUGAAUCAAAUGAGAGCUGAAGCUGAGAGAUUGAAGGAUUGUGCUAGAUACAGGAGAGCCGAAGGCAUUAGGCAACUAAAUCAGAGAUAUGGGCAAUUGUACACAGAAGAAAUAAAAAGAGCCUGCAUUAAAAAUAA